CAAUGUAAGAAACCAUUCGGUUCUGAAAAGAAAACUCUCGGGACUAGAUAGACCAAUCAGAAACAAAUCUGAGUAUCACGUGACAACGAGUGAAGCCAUCGCAGCCAUUUUGGAGGCUGGAGAGGGAGCUCCUCUCACGAAUAUUAUAAAUAAAUAAAUAAAUAACCAGCUUAGUUAUAUUUCAAAUUGUUAAUUUGUUGAUAUUUUUAUUCUCGUGCAACGAUGGUCCAGUCGUGCUCUGCAUACGGAUGUAAAAACAGAUAUCACAAAGACAAAAACAUUUCUUUUCACAAGUUUCCUCUUGCACGGCCCGACGUUUGUGAAAAAUGGGUUUCAGCGAUGAGAAGAAAUAACUUCAAGCCCACGAAGUACAGCAAUAUCUGUUCACAGCAUUUCACAAAAGACUGCUUCAAACGAGAAUGCAACAACAGAGUCCUGAAAGAAAAUGCAGUGCCCUCGGUCUUCUGCUUUAGCACAGCAAGUGGGAAGGAAAAAGAACAAGAACCUCAGGAACCACCCUCACCAGAACCACCCUCUGUCCCGGAGCAGCAGCAGCAGCAGCAGGUGCAGCCCCAGCCCCAGCCCCAGCCCCAGCAUAUGGUUCAGAUGGUGAUGCACCCACUGCUUUCCAGCCAGUCUGUCUCCUGCGACCACAACUACACUGUGGAGGACACCGUGCAGCAGAAGAAGAGGAUCCAGCAGCUAGAGGAGCAGGUAGAUAAGCUGCGCAAAAAGCUCAAGACCGUGCAGCAGAAAUGCAGGCGCCAGGAGAGGCAGCUGGAGAAAAUUAAGGCCAUCCGUGACUUUCAAAAGGACAAAGAUGCAGUGUCUGGAGAGAGCUACGUGAUCCUCCCAACUGAGUUGUAUGAAGUCCUCAAAGGCAUAGAAUCCACGGAAAGCUUGUAAAAAUGUUCCGUAAUAGACAGCCAAGAGGUGUAGAUCAUCUGCAGCGUCUUUCAUUCAUCCAAGGUUUAAAAUGGAUUGACAACCAACUAAGUGCACCUUGCUUCACAUGUAGUAAAAAGCCUGCCAUCGUUUGUUUAACCCUGGCUGUUUACACUUAUUGCCAGACUAAAACUUGAGUGUUUUAGAUUUAUACAAAAAAGAGGGAAUGCAGUUGGAUGGUUUUAGCUUUUCCUUCAGCACUGCAUGAUCUAAACAGUUAGAGAAUAUGUAAUUUUUUUGGUGGUCAUGAUUGUUUUGAUAAUUUUUCUGAUUUCUAAUGUGACACUGCUCCCAACAUAAUAGUUAUCCACAGUGAUUCUGUAGCUUUUGUGUUCUGAAUGACACAUGUCCUUGUGUUUGGAAAAACUUGUAUUCAUAUAAUAGUGGUGGUUGCCAGGUGGCAUUUACUGAAACCAUGUACAUGUAGAAUUGGAUAUUCAUGACAGAACAAGUUCCCUCCCCAACCUCGUACAAUACCUCCCAAAACUGUUUAAGCCUAUACUUGGAAUAAAAAUGCAUAGUUACACAGAUGACACAUAAUAUUGAUGCUGAACAUACACAAACAUGUUGUGAUCCAUUAUAAAGCUCUAAAACGUGAAUGACAUCUUAUCUUAAUGAACCUACUUUUUAGUGUUCAAAUAGGAUUACUUAUGAUCCUGUGAUAAAAUAUGCAAGUGUAUACAGAGCACAGCUAAAGUUACAGCUGAUAUAUAUGUGUGUGUGUGUGUGUGUGUGUGUGUCCUUGAUGAUAUGCUAGUUAAAUUUGAAACAAUACUUAUCAUAUUUUUCUGUGAUACUGUAUUUUAGUUUUUGUUACAAACAGUAAACUCCUAAAUAUUAUUUACAGUUUUAUUACUUUGAUAUGAUAGUGAGGUUUUUUGUUUUUUUUUUUUUUUUUUUUAUCUCCAAAAAACAGCAUUUUCAUUAUUUUCAGUAGAAGCAGAUGUGUUCAUUAAAGCAUUACUGUUAAACUAAAGACAAAAAAUCAUGUGAUUUUAAAGGAAGGGACAUGCUUGUUGUAAAUGUAAAUGCAUAAUAUUGAAAACAAAUCGGGAGAAAAGGCCAGCAUGAUGAAGCCUCAGUUUUUUGCACUAUUUUGUUUGUGCUUACACCAAAAAGCAUCUUUAUUAAAACAUUUAAAUAAGACAGGAUAACAUUGUUAUGUAUUUAAUGAAUGUAUCUGAAGCUUAAUAUUAAAUGCAUGUUGGUGGCCUCCUUUUGACGUUUAAAUGUUUUUCAAUUGCCAGUGUGUGUUGUAAUCCACAUCUGAACUUUUUGGUGCCAGGUGAUUGGGAGUUCAGUGAUGAUGGAUUGUCAUGGACAAGACAGGCAUCACUGUUUGUUAAAAUUGAGGUAGCAAGAAAGCUGAGUUACGAUUGGAAAUGGUUGUAUUCAGAGAAUAUUCAGCAACUCAUGAGUCCCUCGUUUAGGUAGAAUGUUUGUGAUGACCCUAUCCUAACUCCAUGGUGACAGACAACAAACAAUGAUCUUGCUGUGCCUUUUUACUGUCAGUGAAAUGAAAUCAUGACAAUGCAGUGACAUCAUUACUUUUAGUUUUAUUCUCCCAGUGUUUAUUUUAUUAAAGGGAAUUAAUAUCUGAGGUAAUUUCUCACAUUAAAAUAAAAUACAAAUUUCAAAAUGUUAUUCCUGCAUCCAAGCAAAAGGAAAACAAUGGUGGUAGCAAAUUGUGGGUACAAAUUGCAAAAAACAAACAAAACAAAACUCUUUUAUUAGAUGUGAUUAGAAUAAUAAAAUUUUUAGAAGACUUUUUUGGAACGGUGACUUAACCUGCCACCAUAAUAUAAAUGUGCAACAAGUAUUAGAACCUCUUCUGAAAAUUUAGACUUGCUUUGCUACUGUGUUGUAAAGAAUGCAUUGGCUUAAUCUAAAUCAAACUAAAAUUAAAGUCUGGAAAACUAACAAGUGGUCAUUUAUUUUGCAAACUAAUUUAAUACAGCCAAGUUUUCUCCACAAUACCACAGUAUUUGAUUACUGUAAUACUGUACGACUAGUUUAUAUAAUUAAGACAAAAAGAAAACUAUAUCCUACCCUUAUCUGUAAACAAGUAAUAUAGAUAUUUGUAAAACUUCUUGAUUGAUUAUAAUUUUACAGACAAUCUUGCUAUGGGGGGGUGAUAUAUUAAGUGUGGUAUCUAAUCACUUCUAGAUACACUUACUAUUGCUCGUCAAAUAUAUACAUCAUACAAACUGAAUAUACGCAUGGUUUCACUGACACCAGGCGAAUGACAUAUACCAGUGAUUGUGACAUUGAAGUGUGCAUGUACUGUAAGCAGUGUAGGCCCAGAAGCUCAGCAGAAAAACUUCCACUAAAAGCUCAGACGAUGAUGAGCUUGUUUUCAUUUCUCUUGUCAAGGUAAGUUUGAUCUACUGACAGACUGGAUUAUAGUUAUUGUUAUGUAACAUUGUUACCUAUUUGGAAGGCUAAGGCAGUCAUAAUUCUUUAACAUUUGAACAAUG